CGUCCUGGUCGAGUUGACCCAUUCCACUCGAUGUCCUUUAGUAAGCGUCGAUUCUAUAUUCUCGGCGAAGCAGGAAGGCAAAUCAAAAACCUCUAGCGGUCUGAAAGUUUGGACUUUGGUCAUGUCGUUUCCCAACCAUAAAAUAUUGAAGAGGAUCACCAGAGGCACGCCACGUUUCAUGGCGUCUCUUUCUUUUGUUAGCUUGCAUGGUCUACUUUUAUUGUAGGAAGCAUCCUCUUUGUGAGGUCCAACGGGAGAGCGAGGGAGAGAUGGAUGGCCAUACAACUUUUGUUUGCGACAACAAGAGGUUUAUCACCAGCCGAGGGGUAUGGCUGGGGGACAAUCCCAUGGAGUUCGCCGUCCCUCUGUUGGCCUGCGAGUUGCUGGUCGUCACCCUCACCUGCCGUGCCGUGGCCUUCCUUUCCAGGCCCUUGAAGGUGGCUCGAGUUGCAUCAGACAUCGUGGCUUGCAUUCUUCUUGGUCCCUCGGUGCUGGGGCGGAUAUCGCGGAGAGCCAUGGAUGACCUGUUCCCCAAGCAUCAGCGCCUGGUAAUGGAGGUGCUGGGUGACCUCGCCGUCAUCUUCUGGUUCUUCCUGAUGGGUAUACAGGUCAACCUGUGCAAGUCGCUGAAAAGGCUGGACAAGAAGUCGAUGGCAAUGGCUGUGGUGAACAACGUGUCGGCGAUGGCGAUGGCGCACGGGUGCACCUAUCUCAUCAACUACCUCGUCCCCAAGAGCAUGGAGUGCGAAGUGCCGCCGAUCUCCAUCGGCGUGUACCUGGGCAUCCCGACGGUGUCCGUGCUGGCCGACACCGUGGUUCAGCAUAAAGUGAUGGAGACGGUGUUUGGGAAGCUGGCCCUCACCACCGGCGUCAACACUCAGCUGAUGCUCAUGCUCACGUUCCACUUCUUUCUUGCACCCAAGGUCCCCGGAAAGCCCCUCGUCUUUCUUUGGGUUGGCUUCUCUGGCAUAGCACUGGCGCUGUCCACCUUGGCCCUUUCUCGGCUUUUACUUUGGCGGAUCAGGAACGAAGUGAAGGAAUACUACGUCUUCAUGAUUCUACUGUUCGUGGUGGUGCUCUCCCUUGUUUCGGACAUGCUCGGUCUCCGGAUGGUCAUGGGCGCCUUCCUCGCCGGUCUGGUCAUGCCCAGCGGCCUGCUUGCAGAAUCCUUCAACAACAAGCUGGAGGACAUUGUCACCUUCCUGCUUCCCCUCAUCCUCGUCUUGACUGGGCAGGGCGUCGACUUUUCCAAAAUGUUCAGGCGCUCCUCAGACUGGGCUUUGGUGCUCAUCCUUGUCACCACCUACGUGGGGAAGAAUGUGAUCGAUGCUUUGACAGCUCGCUGCUUGAAGCUCACACUGCAGGAGGGCUGCCUCGUCGGAAUGCUAUUGACCUCCAAGGGCAUCGUCGAUGCCAUAGUCUUGCAUUGGACGACACGUCAAUCGGUCGACAGUGGGGGUUCCCAGAUUUUCGCCAUCAUGGUUGUCGGCAUUGUGGUGAUCAACCUUAUAACAAGCUUCACCGUCAGGUUUGUCGGAAAGGCUCCCAAGGCAUCACACCAUAUGAGCUGCAGAGCGGUCCAACAUCUAAGAUCAGACGCUGCAUUUCAAAUUCUUGCGUGCAUUCAUGAGCACCAAAUGGUUCCAACACUCAUCCGCCUGCUUGAGAGCACCCGCGGCAGCCAAAAAUCUCCCAUCAACGUCUUCACACUCCACCUCCUCCACGCCACUGCGAGGGAAUCCAACAUGCUCUAUCUUGAUGCCUUGUCCAACAACUCUCUUUCUAACGACGAUCAAAACAGACCAGUACAGUCUGCCUUCAACAACCAUCAGUGGAUUAAUGAGAAUGUAAUCGUGGAACACUAUGCAAGGAUAUCCCCGUACUCAACAAUGCAUGAAGAUGUCAUAAACGUCGCCAUAGAGAAGUCGGCUGUACUCAUCAUCAUUCCCUUCCACAAGGAAAUACUGGAAACCGCAGAAUCAAGCAGCAAAGCACUUAGACUCGUGAAUGAGAACAUCCUUGCGAACGCUCCAUGCUCGGUCGCCAUCCUAGCACACCGAGGCCUGAUUCAAACUCGUACCAAUGCAUUUCGCAAUGUGGCUGUCCUGUUCUUCGGUGGCCCAGAUGACAGGGAGGCACUAGCUUACGCAGCUCGAAUCGCAAAGCAAGAGGGUGUUAAUCUCACGGUGGUGCGCUUCCUACUAACCGUAGGACAAGCGCCAACUGCCGCUUACAGCAACCAUAAACACGUCAACAGCGUGGCCUCGACAGUCGAUAGGGAUCGGGAGAAGGUAGUAGACGAUUACUGCAUUGGCCUUUUCCAAAUGGAAGUGGCUGGGGACAGUUCAGUGUCAUACAAUGAGAUAUUUGUCACUAAUGGGGCCGAAACGAUAGAUGCAAUACAGUCUAUCAAAGACAUUUAUGACCUCUUUGUAGUGGGAAGGCACCAUGAAAGCAGUACCGUGAUGAUGUCUGGAAUGGAACAGUGGAACGAGUAUCAAGAACUGGGUCCCAUGGGAGAUCUGCUGACAUCGCCUGACUUUGGAACAGUGUCUGUUUUGGUGAUCCAACAGCAUGUCUGGAGAAAGGAUAUAUAUGACAAUAACUCCAGCACACAGGAAGAUAAAAAACAAUUUCAUGUUGUGAUGAGGCAGGAAUUUUCACAAGCCAAGAUGACUUCUAGACAAACCACAGACCUAAGUGACCAUCAGUUGAAUUGGCAACUGCAUUCUGGUUUCUAACACCAGGCAACUUGUGAAGAACUGAAUUUUGUUAUCUGUCUGGAAUUUUGGUAAGAUAGAUAGAUAAUCACAGAAUCACAGAUACACGUUUGGAUAAUUUCCUGGAAUGUUGCAAAAUGUCAGAUCAAGCUCACUAUGCAGAAAUUGGAAGGACAAUUGUACAAAGAUCCUCGUAACAAAAAAGGAAGAUGGUAUGAUCUGUUGAAAUCCCGUGGUCAAGCCAAUAACAGCCUUCUUUGCCUAAGCUAAAUACAGCAGGGUAAGGUCCACAUGUAUAUUCAUUACUUGUUUUAAGCACUCUGCAAGACAAGAAACAACUUAUCAGGACCUUUCAAUGACUGCCAACAAGACUGCAUGGGGGCGUCUCUUGUGUAAUAGAGAAAUCUUUAAGAUCAUGUUUGUCUCUCUUUUUCUCUAUUUUA